AUGGCAGUGCAGUUCCUGUGGAAGGCAUCUGUGUGGUUAAAGAAGCACAAGAUCACUUUGUUGGCUGUUUCUUGUGUGGGACUGUUUGGCGCUAAUCUUUCCUACCACGUGUUUCCUGAGCAGACAUUCAAACUGUUGCAUGAGUGCUGGUCAGAGGGGCAGCCAGCUGAGCUUUCACAGAGAGUCUGUGGUGUCUUUCAGGAUGUCCUUCAAGAUACUGAUGUGAAGUCCACUGAUUCCUAUCGAGCUUUUGCAGCUUCUGGCUUCCACCCCGUGAGUGCUGGAAUCCCCUGGCUGCCUGCAGGCUCUUUGGUGGGCAUCCCGCCUAAUUUUGAUAGCACAGCUGAGGAUGAAAAAGGAAUAGUCAACCAUGUUGUUGUGAUCAAUGGCAAGGAAGUAGACUGGGAGAGCAAAGAAGGUGUUGCUUUGAAGGAAGCUCUGACAUUUUCACUUAAAGCUCAGAAGUUUGCCAUUGCCAGAGAAGUUGCGUAUUUGCAGAACGGCAGCCCUUUAGCAAGUGCGGUUGUGGCUCCAGCUUGCUUAGCUGGGACAUUUUUCUGUGGAAAAAGUAUAAAGCUACUUCUGGGUUUAUCUCCUGGCCCUGUGAUACUUCGCAGCGUCUGUAACCUCGUAACUGCCGCUGGUGGACUGAUGUGCUAUUACGUUUCUUACGACGCUGUGACCCAUCACCGAGACUGCAAGGCUGACAGAAAGGCAGCUACUGUUUCCAAAGACUAUGCCAGAGGUGGAGUUGAAUUUUAUGAUAAAAUCUUGUCCUGCAACAGGAUUCUUCGUGGUCUGAUGGGCAAACAAGGGAAGAAAAUGUAUGCCCCGAGUGGAAAUCUUUUCCCAAGACAUUGGUUCAGAAUAAAGUAUACCCCGUACACUUACCGAAGAGAUUUGAUUGUUAAUAUUUUAAGAGAGCUCCAGGCAUAGGAAGGGAGUGCUUGAAUUUUAAACUUGUGAAUUAUGUAU